UCAAUUUUUUUUUUUAAAAUCUCAAUUAAUACCUCUUUUUACAUAUUUGUUGAGUUCUUUCGUUUUACCUUUAACCUAGCAGCAGAACUAUUAUUCAUUCAACCUCGCCGUACGUGCCACUGUGAAUCAACCACGCUUACGCCGCCGGAUUUGGCUCUCUUUAUACCCUAAAUUUUACAGUAACAAUGGGCAAGCCUAAUAAAAGGUCAGAUGAAUCAGAAUCAAAGUUGCAUCGCAAAUACGAUAAGAAGGAACAAUUUUAUGCCCAUGUGCAAGAUGUGCAAUAUACCGUUGCUUCCUUGACUGCUCAAAAGUCUAUUGCGAAGAAGAAGAGCAGACAACAAAGACGGCAGGAAAAAAAAUUGAAAGCAUAUAGCCUUUCUUCCCUCUUAGAAACCCUUCCGGAGUUGAAGGAACAGUUGAAGGCAUCACCGAAACCACAAGAGGCUAACUUCAAGCUUAAUUGUAAAAAUAGACAGAAAUUAGUAUUGGAGGAAGGAAAAAAUUUGUCUGAGGUUUUUAAGAAUCAUUCCUUCCAAAUGAAUCCCUUGGCUGCCAUUCAUCAACACUUAAGGAACCUACAACCAGUACCAGUAGUAGAGGAACAACAACCCAAGAAAAAAGGGAAUGUGAAUGGGUCGAGAAAGAGGAAGAUGAAGAAAGCUCGGGCUGGAGUGCAGUCUAUGGAUAUAUAACGCCUCUUGUAUGGAAAUGCUGUAUUAGUGUCUUUUUCAUAAGAUUUUUAUAUAAUUGUACCACUUCUGUGAAGCAUUACAGUACUUAAUUUGUGAAUGAGGACAUCUUAAAUUUAUAAAGCAGAAUCUAUAGUUAUGUC